GCCGAGCCCUGGCGGUGUCCGGCGGUGGCUGGGAGCGGCCCCUCUCCCCGCCCUGUGUGCGGCCUCCUCCCCCGGCUGCUGGAUCCCCCCCGGUAUCACGGGUGGGGUCGGAGGGGAGCGUUGGGCGCUCGAGGACUGGCCGGGGCUCGGGUGUGUCUGCGCUGGGGAAGUGAGGCCUGGGAUAGGGGUCGGGGCAGGUUCAUGGGUCGGGGCCCAGCGCGGCUGGGGGCCUGUUCCGCCGCCUCAGGUUAGGCGUUGGCACCCCCCUAGCCCGAGAAAUGGCAGCAUGUGCUGGGUGGUUGUUUUCUCCUGCGCUGGGGGCCAACCAGCUUGUGUGACUGGGGAUGUUUGGAGGCGGCGGGGAGAUUUCUGACACUGACCGUCAAUAGGAAACACUCGUCUAAAUGGUAGCGUCUAUCCCCCCGUACUACCAGGGGCCUCUUCUUAACGCCUUUCAUAAUGGUUGGAUUGCCUCCGACACUGAUCUUGAAAUUGUGGAAGACUAUGCUGGAAGAUGGCAGGUUCCUUUGCCUCAGCUUCAGGUGCUUCAGACAGCUCUUUGUUGUUUCACGUCUGCCUGUGUAUCAUUCCCAGCUGAAUGUGAGCACGUACAAUAUGUUUUGAGUAGCCUAGCUUUGAGUUUUUUUGAAUUGCUGCUGUUCUUUGGAAAAGAUGAAUUCUAUGAAGAUCCUUUAAAAGAUAUUCUAGGUUCAAUCCAGGAAUGCCAGAACCUCCUAAGCAGAUAUGGAAAUGUGAACCUGGAAUUAGUGACUCGAAUUAUCAGAGAUGGAGGGCCAUGGGAAGAUCCAGUAUUACAAGCAGUUCUUAAAGCAAAGCCUGUAUCUCAGGAGUUAGUUAACAAAUAUUUAAGCUCUGAAAAUCCACUAUUCUUUGAACUACGUGCCAGAUACCUUAUUGCCUGCGAACGCAUCCCAGAGGCAAUGGCUUUUAUCAAAUCUUGCAUAAAUCAUCCAGAAAUCAGUAAAGAUUUGUAUUUCCAUCAAGCUUUUUUCACCUGUCUUUAUAUGUCUCCAGUAGAAGAUCAGCUAUUCCAGGAGCACUUAUUGAGGACUGAUUGCAAGAGUGGAAUUGAGAUCAUCUGCAACACUGAAAAAGAAGGGAAGACUACCUUAGCCUUACAGCUGUGUGAAUCGUUCCUGGUCCCACAGCUCCAAAAUGGGGACAUGUAUUGUAUCUGGGACCUGAUAUUUAUGUGGAGUAAACUGCAGCUUAAAUCUAACCCUUCGAAACAAGUAUUUGUUGAUCAGUGCUACCAGCUUUUAAGGAUAGCUACAAAUGUCAGAGUAAUUUUCCCUUUCAUGAAAGUCAUUAAGGAUGAAGUUGGAAACGAUGGUUUGCAGAUUUGUGUUGAAAUAUGUGGCUGUGCUCUGCAGUUGGACCUUCGUGACGAUCCAAUUAUGAAAUGUCUCAUAUAUAAAACAAUUGCUCAUUUUUUGCCAAAUGACUUGGAGAUACUCAGAAUUUGUGCGCUUUCUAUCUUUUUUCUUGAGCGCACCUUAGAAUCAUAUUACGCUGUUGAACAUCUAUAUAAAUGUGCAGAUGAAGAGUAUAAUGAGCACACUAGUUCUGUUCAGAACCGUGUACGUUUUGAGUUGCUUCCAAUUUUGAAGAAAGGUUUGUUUUUUGAUCCUGAGUUUUGGAAUUUUUUGAUGAUCAAGCAGAAUUGUUUGUCACUGUUGAGGGACAAAGCAUCUGUUGGCUUAGGUGCAAGUACACUGGAAAAUUCUGUUGCUAAUACAGAGAAGCCGAUGGAACGUCAGGCUUUGAGUGAAGAAAUCUCUUUAACAGAUCUAAGUAAUGGGGAGCUUGACCCUGAAGACCCCUCUGAAGACCAAUCUAAUGGUCAUGCCAGAAAGAACCAUGUAGCUCUUGCAGCAUCUAAAAUAGAUCAUAAUGUACCAAGACACCGUUGUGCAUUAUGCAACAGGGAAUUUCUUGGUGGUCACAUUGUGAGGCAUGCACAGGCUCACCAGAAAAAAGGCAGUUUUUCAUGUGUAAUAUGCUGUAGGAAAUUCAGGCAAAGAGGAAUCAUGCUGAAGCACUUAAGGAAUCAUGUCAAGAAAAUACAAAGACAGCAUCUUGCUGCUACCCAUCAUGAUGAUCAGGAAACCCCUGAUUUAAAUGAAGUAAAUUGCUCUCAUGCGUCAGUCUCUUUUGAAAAUGGGAAUUCUAACAGUUCUAAAGGUAAUGAAUCAGAGGUUGCAGUAGUUCCAAGUACUGAUAUGGAACUACAAAACCAUGACCAGGAAUUGGAUGUGGCUGAAAAUCAUGUAAGCCAACAGGAUAAUGUUGAAAAUGGUAGUUAUGACAGCUGUUUAAAUAAUACUCCUGAGCCUUUAACUACAGAGGAUUUGCCUGAGGGUGGCGGUAGCCCAAGUCAAGAGUCUCCUAUACUUCAUAAAGUAAAUGGAGCUUUGUGCUCUCAAAAGGAUCCGGAUGUUAUGGAUCAAGAAGGUAACUUCAAGUGCCCUGCCAACAGUUGCAUUAGAGUGUUUAAAAAGAUAAGAUUUCUCAAUAAACAUGCAAGAAAAGCUCACCCAGCUGAUCUGAAGGUGCAGCAGCAUAUAAUGAAGUGGAAUAAAGGAAAAUGUCGGUUCUGUCAGAGAAAGUUUGCAGAUUCUCAGCAUUUCAUAGACCACCUGAAGCGACACGUAUAUCCAAAUGUUUACUUUUGUUUACAUUUUAACUGUAAUCAGAGAUUUAAGCUGUCCACUGAGCUUGCAGAGCAUACGAAAAGUCACAGUGUUUUUAAAGCUCAGUGCAAUUUUGCAGAGUGCUGCGAGCUUUUUGAAGAGCUUCCUUUGCUGUAUGAACAUGAGGCUCAGCAUUAUUUAAACAAAACGGAGUGUUCUGAAGUAAAUGAAAAAAAUUUGUCAGAUACUCUAUCGGAGUCACUUUGUGGUUUUCAAGAAAAAGAUGCUUCUAGUAGCGAAAAAGAAGCUGUAGAUUUACCAGUUCCAACUUGGAAGGCAAGGAAAGACUCUACAGAACCAAAGACAUAUAUCCAGAGUAUUGAGAAGAAAGCAUACAAUGUAAUUCAGAAUGGGAGUGAAAAUUCAUCUGUUACUGCUACAGUUUUAAGCUUGAUAGACCAAAAGAUGCCUAUAGUACAGCCAAAAACUGAAAACUGUAAUGUUCGUGACCAACUGGUCAAUGGGCACAUUGAACUGGAGCAGACAUGUUCAGCUUCAUCAGAUGCAGCUUUGGACAGAGUGGCAGAUGAAACAAGGACAGAAAAUGGGUCAAUACCUGUUUUACAGAACAGCAAUGAUAUACCACAAAACAAUACUGCUGCAGUCUCUCAGUCACCUUCAAAACCAAAUCAGACAACUGAAAAUACUUCAUAUGGCUUAAUUGUGACAAAACCAUAUGUUAGACCGUUGCCUCCAAGUUACCUUGAUGAACGAUACAUUAGCAUGCCAAAACGUAGAAAAACUGUAACUGAUAAAAUAGAUUCCCAUUCUGAGCAAGAUAAAGCUUGUAGCAAAUCAACAGAAAGAUUUAGAUGUGGGAACUGCCUGACCACCUACUGUAACUCAGAAGCACUUGAGGCUCACCUUGCACAAAAGAAAUGUCAGACGCUGUUUGGAUUUGAUUCAGAUGAUGAAAGUGCCUGAUUAAAUGUUGUGGGAAGAUGAUUCAACUGAGGAGUGUUGUGAGAAAACACUACAUGAAGAAGCAUCAGUUUGCUGUUUCCCAGAUGGCCUUAAUCAUAAAGCAGACUCAAAUUACUAAAGAAAAAUGUGACCUUGAUAAAAGACAAAGCACAUUUUCUAGCUAGAACUCAGAGGACUAGUAGGAGCUGUGCAGGUUUUGAGUCCCGAAAAGUUGCUACAAACUCCCCAAAGUACCAGUUAUCCAGAAAGCCCCAUGAAUUCCCAGUGUAUGAUCAAAGAACAGCAGCAGAGUGUGUCUGACAUAAGCGCUUAAGAAAAAUAAAACACUCAGCUGAGCAGGCAGAGAAGAGGAGUGACUGUUGCCUUAGAGAAAGAAACACCACUGUAACCUGUGCCACUGGAUUAAAAAGUUGUAAUAAGAGAAACCCUUCCUAUCCCUGCAAGUUGAAAGGGACUUGCUCCACAUUAUUAAAAAGAUUUAAUUUACAGAGACACUACAUUUAUGUUCAUGGUAUGGAUACAAAUCUGAUAGAGGAAAUGGACAUUUUUUUCAAACUUUGUGUCUUUAACAAAAAAUCAUGGAGGUCAUUUAAUAAACUUGUGUUCAGAAUCCAAAAUGAAGAGUGUAGAGAAAAGUCUAAAAUGGACAGUGUGUACCAAUAGCCAAAAAGUUAAAGUACAGAAUAUACAAUGAAAAUUGUAUCAACAGUCUGAUAUUAGAUAUGUCAGCUGUACAAGACACAAUUCAGAUGCACUUAAAAACCCACUUAAAGUAUAGGACAAAACUACACAUACUGACUUUAUGGAAAUGUUAAAUAAAAAGUCCCUUACAGACACUGAGGCUACGUCUUCACUACCGGCCAUAUCGGCCGGUAGCAAUAGAUUUCUCGGGCAUCGAUAUAUAUCACGUCUCAUCUAGACGUGAUAUAUCGAUCCCCGAACAAGCUCCUGUCGACUCCGGAACUCCAACAAUGCGAACAGCGGUAGCGGAGUCGACGGGGAGCCGUGGACGUUGAUCCCGUGCUGUGAGGACGGUAGGUAACUCGAUCUAAGAUACCCUCACUUCAGCUACGCUAUUCACAUAGCUGAAGUUGCGUACUUUAGAUCGAUUUCGCCCCCUGGUGUAGACCAGCCCUGAGAUAUUUAACACAAGUAAUGUGUACAGCAGCUGCUGGGGCUAACACGUACAGAUUGAGGCUAAAAAAUAAAUGUAUGCACGGAGUGAAGAAAGGUGAAUUUGAGCUGGAGUAUAAUGCUAAAAUAUCCAAAUAUAAAGAUCUUUCAGUUCUUAGUAUGACUGAUAGGAAAGCAUCUCUGUUCAAUUCUAUCCAUGAAAAAUGUGAAUUAAAUGAAGAUAGAACAACAGAAGACAAAGCAAAGAAUGUCAGUUACUAGCAAAAAUAGAUCAGGAAGAAACUCAGCAUCCUGCAGUGAUGCAGCACUGAGUUUUGAUUUACCAAGUAGUGCUCUAUCAUGUAAAGGAGGAAUGGGAAAAUGUUAACAGGUCAACCUUAAAACACAGUACAGCCAGCAGUAGCAGUCUCUCUGAAAAAGGUGGUCGUCCUUAUCAGAAACGAAUGAAAAAGCUCAGCAAUGUAAAGCAAAGUUUGGCCAGCAAAAGAUUGCUGGUAAAAGUGACAUCCAGAAUUAGUCUGUAAGGAUGGAAAGUUUCAAUGUCACCUCUAUGUAACAGGCAUAAAGACACACACAACAAAAAGGCAUUCCCGAGUUUUACUCAUGAGGGUAUUGUGCAUCAAAAAUUAAAUUCUGUGCCAAAAAAUUAAGAAUUCCACACACAAUGUUAAAAUUCUGCAAAUUUUAUUUGUGAAA